AUGCCCAAGUCUCAUCGCCCAGUACUACAGGUGUCGCCAUAGUACCUCCAGGGAAGCUGCGCCGGGAACACGAGAUCCCUGCCCCCGAGAGGUACAUCGGUCACCCGGGAGGAUGCAAGAGGUUCCUUACUCAUUGCUCUCUGGUUUUCGAGUUACAGUCCUCCUCGUUCCACACCGAUCGAGCCAUUAUCACCUACAUCAUCUCUCUACUCUCAGGCAGGGCCCUGGCAUGGGCUACGGCUAUGUGGGAACAGCAGCCAUCAUCCUGCAGCUCCAUAUUGGCCUUCACUGCCGAAUUGCAAUGAGUCUUCGACCACCCAGCAAGCCGACUGUUCAGACUCCGCCAAGGGGCCAGACCAGUGGCUGACUUCGCCAUUGAGUUCCGCACUCUCGCCGCCGAGAGCAGGUGGAAUACGGAGGCACUGGUUACCGCUUUCUACUAGGGUCUGUCUAACCCCAUCAAGGACAAACUGUCCGCUCGAGAACUGGGAGAGGACCUCGAGUCACUGAUAACACUGGCAAUCAGGGUUGACAACCGCAUCCGAGAACGUGAGAGACAGCACUUUUUUGACACCAUCCCGGUUUCCUGAGCACCCCAAGCCCCCCAAGUCCAGCAUUGAGGAACCCAUGCAGCUGGGACGCACACGUCUGAGCCCACAGGAACAUGACAGGCACAUGCACGAAGGCUGCUGCCUCUGUUGCGGAGGUCUCGGCCAUCUCCGUGCUACAUGUCCAGAGUUGACGGGAAACGCCAGAGCUGUGCAGUUACUCCCCAGCCACCCAGUCACCGUCUGUCACUACCUGCAAUCCUCCAUUGGGACAACUGUCAGCACCACAUUCAAGCCUUUGUGGACUGGGGCCUCGGAUCAUUUCAUGGACCAAGACUUCACCAGUAAACUACAAAUCCCCUGCAUGAAAUGUCCCAUCCCUCUGCAGCUUCAAGCGCUCGAUGGGCGUCCCAUCAGCUCCGGCCAGGUGGAGUAUCAGACCAAGCCCAUUCUACUGCAGGUUGGGUUGAACCAUUCUGAGACUCUUAGCUUUCUUUUGAUCACUGCUCCCGAGAAUCCUCUGAUCCUAGGGUACCCCUGGCAAGUGCUCCAUGACCCACUAUUCUCCUGGUCCACGGGACACCUGCUAGACUGGGGCAAGAACUGCCUAACCAAGUGUCUAAGACCUCCACCAAGAGCCUCGCCACGUUCCCGGGUCAACAGGUAUGGCUGUCCACCCAUGAUCUUCCCUUAAAGGUGGACUCGCGGAAGCUCGCUCUGCAUUGGACCAUUCAAGAUCCCGAGUCACAUCAACCGGUCACCUACCGUCUCCAGCUUCCCAGGUCUAUGAAGGUCUGUCCAUCCUUCCAUGUCUCCGACUCAAGCCGGUAAAAACCAGUCCCUUCUCUCCCCCCACACCUGCCCCUCCGCCUCCUCGACUUAUUGAUGGCCGCCCUGCCUACACUGUCUGGCGUCUGUUGGAGGCUCGCCCCGUCCGAGGUGCGCUGCAGCACCUGGUGGACUGGGAGGGUUACGGUCCCGAGGAGCGGGCGUGGGUGCCUGCCCGGGACAACCUGGAUACGGGACUGUUCGGGAGUUCGACCAACUCUGUGGUGGUUGCACUGGCUCUGCGGCUGGAGACGCUUCUAGAAGGGGGGAUUCUGUCAUGCUUCCACCUGUCACCAGAGGGCGACAGAGACCAUACUAGAGACUAUUAUGA